AUGGAUGAGACUGUCGCUGAGUAUAUCCGAAGGACUGUUCUAAAAAUCCCGCGGGAUGAAAUCAAGACGAUGCUACAGAAGUGGGGCUUUCUCUCUGAGGAGCAGCUGCAGGCCAUCAACUUCCAGCAGAUAAAGGAGAGCAUUUCUCAGGAAGUUGUGCGGCUUUGCGAGGAAAAUUGUGCAGACAUCAAGCAAGCAGCUGUCCUAGACAUAAUCUACAACCACAUCCACCAAAACAAAAAAGUAUGGACUGUUUACCAGAUGAACAAAACAGGUGAAGAAAUGGAAUUUUUUGACUUAACAGAUUUCAAAAAAAAGUUUAAAAGACACCUUCGAUCUGCCUUGAAAAAUGUCACCAUCAACUUUAGGGAAUAUGAGGAUAAUGCAAUCUGGAUUAGAAUUGCCUGGGGAACACCAUAUACAAAGCCCAACCAGUACAAAGCCUGUUAUGCUGUGUACCACUCACAAACUCCCUAUGUCUUCGUUUCUACCUCAACAUUAAAGAGUAAUUUGCCUCUGCUAUGCCAGGCCCUGGUUGUUGCUUCCAAUUACCGUGACAUCCGUAAAAUGGAGCUUCGAGGCCAUUCUUUAAAAUCCCUUAAAGAUAUUGUGUUCAAGAGACAUAGCCAGAACUUCCAGACUUAUUGUCCAAGGCCCCUACAAGAAAGGAAUGUAGCACCAGAAGGUGAUGCAAGGAUAAUUCAAGAAGACAGAAUUGAGAAAGAAAGAAUAGAGAGAGUAAAUUGGGAGAUUUUUGGUGAUGGUCCCCAACCAAAACUGGAAUUUGCACAAUAUAAGCUUGAGACGAUGUUUAAAAGUGAUCCUAAACUGGAUGUUUUGGAUAAAAGAGAACCAUUCAGAUGCCUGGUCAAGUUUUCUAGUCCAGAUCUUUUAGAAUCACUGAAAUCCUUGGCACCAGCAGGUAUGGCUGAUGCACCACUUUCACCACUACUUACAUGUAUACCACACAAAGCCAGAAAUUAUUUCAAAAUUAGAGAGAAGAAAGAAUUAUUUCCAGAAGGCUUUGUAAGCCCUUAA